AUGAAGAAACAGAUCUCUCUAUCGGAAGUGUUAACUGGUAGGCCUACCACUACCAAGACACGCAAACCACGAGUGAAAGGUACUAAGAAUGAUACAAGUUGUACAAACACUACCGACAUGAGGGUAUCUGAGGAUAAGCUGAAUACGGAGGAGGAUGCGAGGCUUCGAACGCGGCAUAUCGAGCCAAUUGUAAAUAGUACAAAAGAACCUGUUUCUUUAAAGAGUUUCCUUAUGACAAGGCCACAGAAGCCCAAGACAACGGAAGUAAUUGAUUUAGACGAGGAUGGUGAUGUGAUUUCCAUUGAAAAUGAAUCUAUAACUAUGAACUCAAAGGCCAUGGAACCGGAGAACUUCAAGAAGACUAGCCAUAGAGAGAUGUUCAAUAAUUUUGAAAAGAAGAAGAAGACAAGAGGGAAGAAUAAUGAACUAGAGAUAACUAAUGAGCCAUACUUGGGGUAUGAAAAAAUACGAAGGUAUAACGAUGUUUCAAAAUUGAAGGAAUUACCUACUAGCUUAUUCCCCAAGGUUCAAUUGGUUGCCGAAAAAAGUAUGAACAUAAUAGACAUCGGGCAGGAGCAUUUUGCUGAAAAACGUGUCAGAAAUAGAACGGCUGAUUAUAACUUUUCAGUUGAUGAAUAUAUGCAGCUGAACCCUAUUAGGAAAUUAAAUCCUGAUGCAAUCACUGAUAUUCCUGUGUCCGUUUCAGUUUCUGACUCAAGUAAUAGUCAAAAGUUGUUAUGGAACGAUAUGAUGGCGCCUAAAAAUAUUCAAGAUGUAUUAUUAGAGCCCAAGUUGAAGGAAGAUGUCUUUAUGUGGAUAAGUUCAGCGUUUCACAAGCUAAAAAGACCCACAACUCGGAAUAAACUGAAAAAACAAACCAAAAACGACCGUUUACGUAACGAAAUAGAAGAUUUUAUUGUACCAGAUGGUAUGAUAGUAUUUGGUGAUGACGAAGAUACGACUAAUUCUAAAGUGAAUGAAUCAAAUCAUUUUGAUAAUGAAGUAGAGUUUGUUCCUUUAAUGAUACUACAUGGAGAGGGCAUAGGGAAAAACACACUCAUAAAAAAUAUAGCGAAUCACUUAAACUCUCAAAUAUAUGAGGUGGCGUCGAAUUGUAAUCGAGGUAAAAAAGAAAUCAAAGAAAUGCUUUUAGAGUUUUCCACAACACACUAUGUUAAAGGUACGAAGGACGGAAUCAUUUUAAUCGACGAUGUUGACGUAAUAUUUAGAGAGCACGAUAAAUUUUUCUGGCAGGCGCUAGAAAAAGUUUUAAUGGUCUCACGGAGACCCAUUAUACUUACAACCCGGGACAUUAACUUUAUUCCAACAUAUCUGCUUGAUAUAUGUGAAGAAGAAAAAUCCAUUUUUCUAGCGAAAAGAGUAUCAAGGGGCACAGUUCAAAAAAUGUUGGCAAAAUAUAUAGAGGUUCUCAAUCAACCUUUGAAUUCAGCGCUGAUUGAAAAAGCAAUUGAAAUACACGGUGCCGACGUAAGGGGUUGCUUACUUGACCUUCAAUUUCUUGACGGCUACAAAACAGGCUGUGAUAUAAACACCCCUUGUAAUUUGUCGGUAUCCAUUCAAGACAGCAACUGUAUAAAUUCCCAGGCCAAUGUGGCAGAACUACUUUCUAACUCUGACAUAAUACUCAAUGCCACAGAAUGGAACUCCAAUUUCAUCACAGAACCAGACAGCACACUAAUGACUAGAUCAGCUUUAGAGUAUAAUGCUAAACAAUCUGAUGAUACUCUAAAAUUGAAAAAUGACUACUUAGUUGAUUAUCAAUUGCAUUUGAAUGAUGAACUACGACAACAAAGAUUGCCAUUUGAGAUCAAUAUUGGACACGAAAUUUAUAAAAUAUUGGUUGAUAGUCGAUCACAUAAAACUUCAAGCAAGCCAGUAAAAUCUAAAAAAUAUAAGAUUGACAAAGUAGUUAGAGCAUCGGCAGAAUACUUGGGUACUAGAAUAGAUUCAACGCAAGGGAAAGACCGAGGCAACAGGGCACGCAGUUCACGGAGGCGUAUUCAAGAGGUUUUGGAUAGAUUGAGCUCAAACUAUGAAUAUUCUGCAGAUAAAGAAGAUGAAAUUAUGAUGGAUUUAGAAAUGUAUCCAUAUUCCACAUUAUCAUGUGAGAUAAACCCGAUGAUACACGAGAUUGCGAAGCGCGACAACGAGAUCAAGUCAUUUAAUAGACAGUUAUUUGAAUCGGAGACCAAAGGUUUAGCCAAGGAAGAGAUGAACACUGUGGUCUACAAGCUGACAAAUGAAGGACUCUUGAAACCCAUUUUUUUUCGAGCUAACCCACAAAGCUUACUCGACUAUUGGAAAUAG